UGGGAGCCUCAGAGCAAUACUUGAUAUCACUGCAGAUAACUAUUACCACCAUAUCGGUAGAAAACCCGUGAACUAUCGGAGGAAUUAGCAGUUUUGGCUGAUUUGAUUUUGGAGUCAAAAUGCCUGUAAUUCAGACCAGAUCCAGGAUGAGAGAUCGAAAUGACCCAGUCAACAGACCGGAGUUUAUGUCUCUGAACCAGCCUCUCAGAAAUAUCAACGAAGUGCGGGGGACUGCACGGCGGCCUGGUUCGCUGAAACGCCAACAAACCCUACCGCAGCAACCUCAAAAUACACAGCCGGAGCCGUUUGAAAAUAUAUCCGAUGAUCGCAAAGAAUCUGUUAAACUUCCUGAGGAGGACUGCAUACAGCUCAACCCAUCCUUUAAGGGCAUUGCCAUUAACUCUCUUUUGGCGAUUGAUAUUUGCAUGUCUAAAAGGCUUGGGGUUUGCGCUCACUCACACUCCUCAUGGGGUAGCAUCCGAGCCAUGGUAAACCUGCUUGCGAUCACUGGUCAUGGCAUCCCUUGGAUUGUUGGCACAAUAAUAUGUCUCACCAGAAGCAACACGAUGGCAGGACAAGAAGUCCUAGUCAAUUUGCUUCUUGCACUACUACUGGAUGUGAUGACUGUUGCUGGUAUGCAGAAACUGGUCAAGCGCAAAGGACCCUGGGAGAUGACACCUGGCCUCUUUGAUUAUGUAGCAAUGGACAUCUACUCCUUCCCAGCAGCCCAUGCAAGCCGGGCUAUCAUGGUUUCAAAAUUCCUUUUGUCACACUUAGUGCUUGCUGUCCCAUUGCGCAUCUUACUGGUAAUCUGGGCUUUCCUGGCAGGUGUGUCACGCAUCCUUUUGGGCCGUCAUCAUUUAUCAGAUGUGGGAUGUGGUUUUGCAUUGGGCUAUCUCCAUUUUAAUUUGGUUGAAAUGGUGUGGCUGCCCUCUAACACUUGCCAGACUUUGAUCUCUAUUGGAACACUCGGCUGGAUACCUGUUAAUUAACAAUUUCGGCAUUUGAGGCAACCCACAAAAGCUUGUCAUCCUUCUUUAGUCUUUCUUACAUUUUCCUUUUUGUUUUUCGCCACUAAAUCCACUAAACUGAAAAUUCUGAUUUCAUUUUUAAUUCAGGUCUAUGCAGACAUAAUGCAUGUUAAUCACAUUUAAGCCAAGACAGAAUUAUGAUAAGGUUAUUUUCAGCAUUGACUUGUGAAUUUCUUUCUACAUUUUAAGUGCAUUAUGCAAGGAAAUGUAUUCCUAUCAGAUACCUUUUUGAUUAGAGUUUAUUAAUAAGUUUUGAUAUGCUAUUGCCAAUAUUUAUAACAUCUACAAAAAUGUUUAACUAUCUUGUUCUCUGGACCUGGAAGUAUGAGUAUUUGUUUUUUAAAGCAGUGGUUCCCAAACCUCUCCUGGGGCCCCCCCAGCCAUUCCAUCUAUAAGAUGUAUCCCAGAGCUAGCUCACCUGAUUCAACAGAUAAGAGUUUGUUAAUAAGAUAUAAUAAGUUGAUUCAGGUGUGCUAGCUCUGGGAUACAUCUAAUAAAUGGAAUGGCUGGGGGGGGGCCCAGGAGAGGUUUGGGAACCACUGAAAGGAAUGAGUAUAUCAACCUAAAGCUAGCUAGGAUUUUGUGAUUUCAAUCACAUUCAAAUGAAAGAUAUUUUGUGUACAAUAUGCACAAGAAGACGCCUUAGGUGAUCUUGUACUCAGUACAUCCAAAAGCUGAUAAUUUGCUAACUGUAAUAAUUAUCUGCGUUGCAUUUUAUGUGAAUGGAAAAUAGGUUUCUAACUUGUGGGUUUUGCCUAAAUAUUGUCAAUUUGGAAUGUAUUACAAUAUACAUAGCUUAUUGUUAUAUGUAACUUUCUUAUUUUCAGAAGACGUUCUAUGCAGUCCUUUUUUAAUUAUUUAAAUUGCUUUCCUUUCUAAAUUUGACUGCAGAAAAGUUUAACAAAGUUAACAUGGGAAAAUUUGCUUUGAAUGAGUAUGGUGUUCAGGAAAUGUGUCCAAUACAGUACUUUCCCUGUACAUGGUUUCACAAUAAAGUGUUUAAUAACAGAAUUUACAG